AUGGCGCAGUGGAAGCCGAACACCGAGCCCCCGGAGACGGUCUGCGUCAUCAAGAACAUUGCGAAGCUCACGUCCGAGAGCGACAAGUUCCGGCGCGUCAUGUGGACCGGGCGCAACAGCCAGCUCGUCAUCAUGACAGUCCCUAUUGGUGGGGAGAUCGGGGAGGAACGGCACACCGUCGACCAACACCUCAACUUCCUGUCCGGGACGGGCGUUGCCGUCAUUGACGGAAAGCGUGAACCCGUCAGCCCUGGCGACGUGGUGAUUGUCCCUGCUGGCGCAUUGCACAACUUCAAGAACACUGGUCCGACCCCGCUCAUUCUCUCGACUGUGUACGCGCCUGCAGAGCACAAGGCGGACACCGUUCACGACACUCUGGAGCAAGGUGAGAGACUCGAGGAAGAGGGGAAGGACGAGCCUCCCUCAUGGGCAAAGGAUCUGCACAAGAAGCCGUAG